GGCGGGGAGCGCCGCCGAAGGGGACUGUUUGCUCCUACGGGCUGUAGAUGGAGCUGUCCGGCCCCGGCGAGGGGGAAGGCGCCUGGAAAACGUUCUUCUUCUCCCUGGCCGGCCCGAGCGGGGAACAGCACUCCCAGGAUGCAGUUUGUGUCAACACGGCCGCAGCCUCAGCAGCUGGGCAUCCAGGGCCUGGGGCUGGACAGCGGGAGCUGGAGCUGGGCCCAGGCUCUGCCCCCGGAGGAGGUCUGCCACCAGGAGCCGGCGCUGCGCGGGGAAAUGGCCGAGGGAAUGCCGCCCAUGCAGGCUCAAGAAUGGGACAUGGAUGCCCGGCGACCGAUGCCUUUUCAGUUCCCGCCCUUCCCAGAUAGGGCACCCGUCUUCCCUGACCGCAUGAUGAGAGAGCCCCAGCUGCCCACAGCAGAGAUCUCGCUCUGGACCGUGGUGGCCGCCAUUCAGGCCGUGGAGAGGAAGGUGGAUGCCCAGGCCAGCCAGCUGCUAAAUCUGGAGGGGCGGACGGGCACCGCCGAGAAGAAGCUGGCGGACUGCGAGAAGACGGCCGUGGAGUUCGGGAAUCACAUGGAGAGCAAGUGGGCCGUGCUGGGGACCCUGCUGCAGGAGUACGGGCUGCUGCAGAGGCGGCUGGAGAACAUGGAGAACCUGCUGAGAAACAGGAACUUCUGGGUGCUGAGGCUGCCGCCAGGCAGCAAGGGGGAGGUCCCCAAGGUUCCGGUGACAUUUGUCGACAUCGCUGUCUACUUCUCUGAGGAUGAGUGGAAGAACUUGGACGAGUGGCAGAAGGAGCUUUACAACAACCUUGUCAAGGAGAACUACAAAACCCUGGUGUCCCUGGACGCGGAGGGCGCGGUGCCCAAGCCGGAUGCGCCAUCCCAGGCGGAGCCCAGGGAAGAGCCUUGCGUGUGGGAGCAGCGUGACCCAGAAGAUCGAGAAAUCUUAAUGGAUCCAGACACAGGAGCGGAGCCCCUGGUGCCUGCACAGGAUUCGUCCUCUCAGGUAAAGCGGGAGGAAGCCCUAUGUGUCCGGGGCCAGCGGGGCCUGGAGGAAAGAGCCGUCCCCACGGAGUCUAUUACUGACUCACCAGCCUCCGCCCAGGACCUCUUGUCCCGGAUUAAACAGGAGGAGCACCCGUGCGUAUGGGAUCAGCAGGAUCUGGCAGAGAGAGAUAUUCCAACGGACCCCAAUUCAGAGUCUCUGAUCUCAGCACAUGACAUUCUGUCGUGGAUCAAACAGGAGGAGCAGCCAUACCCGUGGGGCCCACGUGACUCCAUGGAAGGAGAGCUCGGAUUAGACUCUGGCCCCAGUGACAGCCUGCUGCUGGUGAAGAACCCGCCCCCCGCCCCGCAGCAGCCGCAGCAGCCGCAGCCGCAGCCGGCUCCGCCGAGCCUGGCGGUGCUCCCGGCGGCCGAGACGGGGGCGGGCGGCGGCGGCGGCGGCGGCGGCUGCGGCAGCUGCUGCCCGGGCGGGCUGCGGCGGAGCCUGCUCCUGCACGGCGCGCGCAGCAAGCCCUACUCGUGCCCCGAGUGCGGCAAGAGUUUCGGGGUACGCAAGAGCCUCAUCAUCCACCACCGCAGCCACACCAAGGAGCGGCCGUAUGAGUGCGCCGAGUGCGAGAAGAGCUUCAACUGCCACUCGGGCCUCAUCCGCCACCAGAUGACGCACCGCGGCGAGCGGCCCUACAAGUGCUCCGAGUGCGAGAAGACCUACAGCCGCAAGGAGCACCUGCAGAACCACCAGCGGCUGCACACGGGCGAGCGGCCGUUCCAGUGCGCGCUCUGCGGCAAGAGCUUCAUCCGCAAGCAGAACCUGCUCAAGCACCAGCGCAUCCACACGGGCGAGCGGCCCUACACGUGCGGCGAGUGCGGCAAGAGCUUCCGCUACAAGGAGUCGCUCAAGGACCACCUGCGCGUGCACAGUGGCGGCCCGGGGCUCGGCGCCCCUCGGCCUCUCCAGGCGCCACCAGAGCACGACUAGGGCUGGGCUGGGGGAGGGGAGGGCCCGGCGGCAGGAGCAGGGGGUGGGGAGCGGCCCCGGGCUGGGGGCGCGUCCGGAACACCCCCCCCCCCCCACCCGAUCCUGCCCGUGGUUCGUGGUUCUCGGCGCGCCUUCCCUCCCUCCACCUGCCGCCCGCUGGAAAUUGGGAAGAGGAAUUGCACUCCAGACAGGGUCCUCCGGGGGGGGGAAGGGGGGGGUUGGGCAGGGAGCCCCUAGACCUGUCCGGCCUGAACGGACGGCCAGCUCAUCUCAUAGGGUGGACCAAGGGGCCAGCUGAGCGUCUUCCCCAAGGGAAGGUGCCAGAGGGACAGUGAGGAGGUGACAGUCUUCGGGCACUCCCCUCAGACACCUGGUGUGCCCCACUGGCCGCGGGGGUCACAGACUGUGAUCAGGGGAAGCAACUAGGGAGUCCCAGAAGCCUUCUGAGCGAAAGAAAUGAGUUCCUAAGGUUAAGAGAUGCCGAGUAGGUUAGCCAAAGUGUGUCGGUGAAAUGAGGGAUGGGCUAAGGGGUAACGUGUCUUUUGACAGCACUGCCUCGCGUUCCAGUAGCGCUUUGUACUUUUUUAAACGUGUUUUCUAUCCGUCAGCCGUUUUUACCCUUAGCCUGUCCCUCUGAGGUGGAUGGGGUAGGAUAGUCCCCACUUGGCAACUGAGAGAAGAGAGACCCCAGAUGGAUGGAUGGCUUACCCAGGAUCCCGCAAGAAGAGUGGCAGGGCUCCUGGGCCCCAGAGCAGUGUCCCCCACCACACACACUGCCUACCUCCCGUGUCUGAGACUAUUCUGGCCUGGCCUCUCUCAGUCUCUCUCCUGCCUCCUUCCCCUGACCCACCAGAAAUCAGAAGCAGCGGGGGGCCAACUCCCCCGGUUACCCCGAGGCGGGGGACCAAGCAGCUCCGCAAUGCCCUGGCUGGUGCCUCCCAGAAAGGCUCUUCCUGUGUAGGCGCUCCCGGGCAGUAGGUCCCCUGCCCCCAGCCUGUUCUUCCCACCUCCGGUCCUUCAAUCCGGUGCGUCUUUUUACUGCACAGUAGUGACCUGGCCCUCCGGAGGCAGCUGGUGCCCUGGGUCAGACCUCACUUUGUUGAUUUAUUCCAGUUGAUUUAUUCCCAGGGUGAAGGGGUGAGGGAGAGGCUAUGGCCGCAGGAGCAGCGAUCAAGGAAGUGAGUCUCUUCCCAGGAGGGCCGGGCAAGCGGGUGCUAGAGUCUGAGAGCCUCGGUCUCCUGCCCUGAGCCUCCCAACCGGUGCUAUCUGUUAUCUGACCAUGCUCGUGGACAGCAUACCCUACUCUGCCCCAGACCCUGCAGGCGCCUCAGGAGGCGCCCAAAGGACUCCCUUCGGUUGGUGCAUCUGCUCCGUGGUCCUGAGGGGCCACGGUCUCCGUUUCUGCAUCUUGCAUGACCAGGCACUGGGAUGGGGUGGCGCGCCCCAAGACCCUUGUUUGCGUCAAGAAUGACUUGUUCUGCCCCUCCCGUCGCUCCUGCUUCUGUCCCAGUCGGGGCAGCCCAGCCGGCACCAGUUUGCGAGUGUCCUGCUUCCACCCUCCCCUCAUCUGCGCUGCGCUGCUUUGCUCAGACCCCUUUCCGCCAGGCAAGGGGAGUUCUUGAAAUUAAAUAAAAGGUGUCCAGAUUGCAGACUGCAUUUUCACAAGGCCAGAGGGCUCUGCAGCAUGGCUUCCUGCGGUAAAGCCUCGAGGAACCGGAGCCCGACUGCGAUUUUCUUUUUUUCCUUCCUUCUGCUUUCUGAAGAAGGCAAAUCUUAAGAAGAGGAGUUGAGAUGAGAAGUUAAACAGAUUCCGUGGAGUUUUGGUAGAGCAGAAGGGAACCUUCUAGUCCAGUGUUUUCCUUUUGGGAGGAGGCAGUAUUCUGCUUGUAAGAGUAAAUGCAGGAAAUCAAUAUUUUCAGAAUCUCAAUCAUGGAGAAUAAGACCAA